AUGACCGGAUCAUCUGCCGCCAGCACUUCUUCUGCUUCCUCCGCUGCUGCCCCCAGCACUGGUGCUCCCUCCAACGGCUUCGGCGAGAACAAGGGAAUCGAGUUCCGCAUUAAGACCGGAGGUGCUUCCUACAAGUGCGUCAUUCAGGACCGCCACCACUAUGAGCGCAAGAAGGCUGCCCGUACCAACACCAUGGACUCCGUUGACAGCAACGCUUCCGAGAGGUCCCUCUAA